AUGAACCAAACUGUGCCAGGUAAAGAGUCAGACACUCCUUCUCAAAGCGAAACACGCAUCGAUGUAGUAGUCUCAAAAUCACCAAGGUCACCAAAGUCACCAAGAUCACCAUUUAGCGUUUCGACUUCUCCGCCACCGACACCACGCCGAUUUUCUACUUCUUCAACACGUAGUUAUGAAACGACAACCGACAUCUCACCUGUGAAUCAAAGAGUUUCCACCACAAUGUCUCUACAUGGCUACAACAGAAAGCAUCACCACACUCGAAGAAUUUCCAUAAACUCGUCCACGUCAAAUUUCAGCACAAUGUCUGAAACUUCACUCCCGUGGACAACAAAGGAUAUCGGCUUCAAUGCCAUCUCCGGAGUGUUAAACAAUCCUAAUAACAGCAAUCCAUAUUCAAGUUCUGCGAAGCCAUCAAAAUAUGACAUUCCGGUAGUGCCCCAUACACCUAUUCGUAAGGUGAAGCCUGCUGAGUUUGCGAGUUAUAUCAAAUCCAUCGAACCAGUUUUCGAAAGGUAUCAUCACAAUAAACGAAUAGGUGCAGAACGACAAAAAAUUGGCAGAUCAUCAUCUUCUGCAUCGAGUGUCAUUUCUCCUAGUAUAUCUACAGCGAAUUUACUAGGGAGUAAUAUAACAUAUUUACCGUCACCCGAAUCAGAAGAUGUUCCUGUACAUAGGCUUGCCAGCUCGAGAAAUCCUUAUUCUGUAAAUGUACCUUCACCCUUGCUUGCUGAAAAUACUCCACGGGAGGAAGAGGAGCCAGCAGUAGAGUUUCCAUUACUUGAGUCAGUUCCUCCAAUAUAUUUUGAGGAAGACUUUAAUUUAGAAAAUCCACGAACUUUUGAUAUAGUCUGUGAGCAAGCCGAUGUGAUAGAAUCGAAUUCCGGAAUCUCUACGAAUGCAUUACUUCAAGAAAAACUGGCGCAUUAUCUUGAUACUGUCGAGAUUCACCUUGUUAAAGAGAUUUCUAAAAGAUCGUCAUCAUUUUUCGCAGCUCUCUCGAAUUUACAAGCUUUACAUUCAGAAACAUUAGAAUGUGUCGCACAAAUUAAUGCACUUCGCGGGAAAUUAAUAACCAUCGAAGAUUCAGAGGUAAAACAAGGACUUGAAGUGGUACGAUUGAAACGUCGGAGGGCUAACUUGGGUAAAUUACAUGAAGGAAUUAGAAUGGUCUCGGAGAUACGCUCAACCCAACCCAUGAUACAAGUAUUACUAACACAAGGGGAUUAUUUCUCCGCGUUGGAAUUGCUUGAAGAAUCAGACAGAAUAUUAAAAGGAGGUAAUGUUUUUGAAGAUCACUUUGACGAAAAAUCAAAUAACAAAUUAUCGAAAAGUCCGCAUCCUAUGAUACGUCGCCUGAGUAAUGUCUCUGAGAGUCUCAAGUCAUCCGGAUUACUUGAUCUUCGAGGUGUUAGGGCAUUAAUUCAUUAUAAAGAUCAGUUAGCUGACCUACACAAAAUGAUUGGUGUUAUGACGGAGACGGAUUUGCUUAAUAUGAUAUUUCUUGACUUAAAUGAACAAAUUGAAAACAUCAAUAAAGAUGAAGUUAUAAGAUCUUUAUACAAUAAUAAACAAUCCGCUUCACAACUUCAAAAGGAAAUAAAAUUAAGAGAGAGGAUAGCUCCCCUGAUUGUCGGACUAUAUAAAAUGAAUCGUCUUAGCACAACUUUACAAAUUUAUCGAGAACGACUGUUAAAAGAGAUAAAGAAAAUUAUUCAAAAGCAUUAUCCUUCCUUUAUGUCGAUGAAUAGUUUGCAAGAGGAACAACAAGCAGAAAUGAAAGGAGAAUCGACCAUGAACAAUAUCGCGAAAAUGCUUAAGGGAAUGACAUUCGAUUCUUUUAUGGAAAUUUUUUUGGCAAUAUACGCCGUACUACUUGUAGGAAUGAAACGAAUUGCAGUCUAUAACGAGAUUUUGAUAUCAGUUCUAGCAGAUUUGCGCGUUGCAGGUGUUGAUGAAGUACCUAAAAAAAUCGAAGUAUUGAAUGAUGAUAUAAAAGAAGAAAAGGUUAGCGAGAGACUAAAAGAGGCAUUAGAAAUAGAAAACACUAUAAAAGAUUCUCAGAAAUCAUCUGAAAUUUUGUUUGCUGCUGCUGAUUUAGUUCAUGUACGAUGUGCAAAUUUAAUAGGAAUGCGAGCAGAACAAAAUGCACGACUUAAUCCCAAAGAUUUCUAUCGGUUAUUUAAUGUUACUUGGACUUUUAUAUUGGAAGGGGAAAAUUUGUGUGGUCGUAUGUGUUUUGGGUUGCGAGGGACAAUUAUGUCGCAGGCAAAAUCGUUUCUAAAUCAUUUUCACAUGGAGAAAAUGAAUUCUGCAGCAUCCGGUAUUGACAAUGAACAAUGGGUUCAAAUAGAAGUUCCAAUUGAAUUUCAAAGAAUAGUUAAUAGGAUAGUCGCAGCAUCAUCAUCUGGAUUGAUGGAAUUCAAAGAUAAUUUAUUAGCAGGUCCUUCUUUAACCAAUCCGCUUUCGCCAAGUUAUAAUUUUCCGCCCAUGUCUACUCAAGUUUCUACCUCCACCACCAAUACCAACAACAACAAUAAGAGUAAUGCAGAAAUUAGCAGUGUCUACAUCUUUAUGGAGAAUCAGAGAAAAUUCGUGGUGGUCUCGUGUAGUUUAAUGUUACUUAAAACGCUAGGGGAGUAUCUACGAUGUAUGGCUAAUAUCCCUGUUUUGACGACUGACGCGAUGAAUAAGAUAGUGGAAAUUUUGAAUCUUUUUAACUCGAGAACUUGCCAAGUGAUAUUAGGCGCGGGCGCCAUGGAAUCUGCAGGCUUAAAAAACAUUACAGCUAAACAUCUGGCUUUGGCAUCACAAUCCCUUGGUCUUAUGAUUUCGUUGAUACCAUUUAUCCGUGAAUGCAUACGACAUAAUCUAAACGCAAAGCAAGCUGUUAUGUUAACAGAAUUUGAUCGUAUCAAAGGGGAUUACAUAAAUCACCAAAAAGAGAUCCACGCUAAACUUGUUUCAAUCAUGAAUCAAAGGCUUAGUGUGUAUUUAGAGUCAUUCCAGGCGGUAAAAUGGAAUGAACCAAAUGAAAAUACUCCUAAUUCAUAUAUGGAAAAAUUAAUAAAAGAAACACUGAUUUUGCAUAAGGUAUUACGAAAAUUUCUGCCGUUGGAAAUUGUCCAGAAAGUGAUGAGCGAGGUUUUUGCUUCAUUCAACGCUAAAUUGGCACAGGAGAUUUCUCAAACUGAAAUAUCUACUUUGACUGCAAAAAAAAGACUUCUGGUGGACAUUCGUUUGUAUACGCAUAAAUUGUCAAAUUUGGAGGGAAUUACAGGUCCGACAAAUGAGUUGGAGGUGUUGGUAAAUAAUAUAAGUGUUUCUGAAAAUACUGCCAAGAGGGAGGAUCUUGGUGUUUCAAAAGAUCAAGCCACUACAUAA